AGCCUAUGAAAGUUAAUGGUCAUCAAGGAGAGAGUUCAAAGUUCAUUACUUACAGAGAAAGAACAUCGUUGCUACAGUUCUGAUAUUUUGAGGAUGACAUUCAUCUUACGUAUGCUGAUGAUACUAAUGUUUUGCAUUGGAGCAAUCAAGCUGGAGGCAGAAGCCGGGCUUCUUGCUCCAGAUGAAGUGGAUGCUUUGCUUGAAAUAGCAACGCAAGUGGGGAAAAAAGACUGGAAUAAUAGCGUGGAUCCUUGCAGCAAUGAGACAAGCUGGGUAACACCACCUUCACCUCAAAGGCCAAUGUUUGAUAAUAAUGUUGUUUGCAAUUGCUCAUUUGGGGGUGUGUGCCACAUUGUUUCCAUAUUUCUCAAAGGGCAGGAUCUUGCUGGCAGUCUCCCGAAAUCUAUUGUGAAACUACCUUACCUUACGCAUCUUGAUCUGUGGGCGAACUACCUGAGUGGUAACAUACCACCGGAAUGGGCUAAUACAAAGCUGGAAAUAUUGUCUAUUGCUGUUAACCGCUUAACUGGACCAAUUCCUAGCUAUCUGGGAAAGAUCAUCACACUCAGAUACUUGAACCAUCAAAAUAAUAUGUUUUCUGGAAUAGUUCCCCCUGAGCUUGGAAACUUGGUUAACCUGGAGACUAUCAUUCUUAGUGCCAACAAUUUGACUGGAGAGCUACCCCUGGCUCUCUCUAAUUUGAUGAAAUUAAAGGAUCUUAGGCUUAGCAGUAAUAACUUCAUUGGAAGAAUACCGGAUUUUAUUCAAAGCUGGAAACAACUUGAUAUAUUAGAGAUCCAGGCCGGUGGUUUCUCAGGGCCCAUUCCUUUAAACAUUUCUCUCUUGAACAGUCUAACUCAGUUAAGAAUCAGUAACUUACUUGGAGAUGGUUCGGAGUUUCCAAACCUAGAAUCUAUGCAAAACAUGACCUAUUUGAUGCUGAGCAACUGCAACUUGUCAGGAUCUUUUCCCAGAAACUUGACUGAAAUGAAACGACUGAAAGUUUUGGAUCUCAGUUUCAACAGAUUGAAAGGAGAUCUUCCAACAGAUUAUGAUGACCUAAUAAGCUUGGAGAAAAUGUAUGUUACAAGGAACAUGCUUUCCGGACCCAUCCCGCCCUGGAUCCAGAACAGAAAUACUCGCUAUGAAUUUGAUCUUUCUUACAACAAUUUCACUGAAAUCCCCACGCCAACUAAUUGUAAAGAAACACUAAAUUUGUUCAAAAGUUCUUGGGGAGGGAACUACUCGAAGCCUGUCGAGUGUCUCAGUGAUUAUUGUUCAAAAGAUCAAUACUCGGUGCACAUAAAUUGUGGCGGAUCAGAAACCACCGUUGGAAAUACCAUCUAUGAAGCAGAUGAUGAGCCAGGAGGCGCAACAAAAUAUGUACCCAAAAGAGAGGUUUGGCAAAUAAGUACCACAGGACAUGUCUGGGAUGUUAAACCUUCCGAAGACGACUACAUAGCACAAAAUAUGUCCAUACUAAGAAUGAACAACUCUCAACUGUACACAAAAGCUCGCCUCACUCCUUUGUCUCUCACAUACCACGUGCGUUGUCUUGUUAAUGGGAAUUACAAUGUGAAGCUUCACUUUGCUGAAAUAGUAAUGAGGGACAACAGAUCCUUCUAUAGUCUUGGAAGACGGAUAUUUGAUGUUUAUAUUCAGGACAGAAUUGUGUUGAAGGAUUUUGAUAUUGAAAAGGCAGCACAAGGGGUAGAUAAGGUAUACAUUCAUAAUUCUACAGCGAAAGUUACAGAUAGAGCUUUAGAGAUCCGCCUUCAUUGGGCUGGGAAAGGGACAACAACGUCACCGAAAAUUGGAAUAUACGGUCCACUAAUAUCGGCCAUUGAUAUAGAAUCUGAAUUCAAGCCUCCUACGAAAGGCAAGAGGAAGAAGCUCAUUGUGGCUGGGUCUGUGGUUUUGCUGUUGUUCCUCAUUUUCAUACUUCUAUCCGUGCUUUGGUGGAAAGGUUAUCUGGGAGGAAGGAAAUCAAGGGAUCAAGAACUUGUUGGGCUAGAUCUGCUAACUGGUAUCUUUACCUUCGAACAAAUCAAAGCUGCAACAAAUGACUUUGAUCCAGCAAACAAACUUGGAGAAGGUGGUUUUGGCGCUGUCUACAAAGGAGUACUAUCAGAUGGUACUAUGAUUGCGGUUAAGCAGCUAUCAGCAAAAUCAAAGCAAGGAAAUCGUGAAUUUGUGAACGAAAUAGGCAUGAUUUCUGCAUUGCAACACCCAAAUCUUGUUAGAUUGUAUGGAUGUUGCAUCAAUGGGAAGGAACUACUACUGGUUUAUGAAUACAUGGAAAACAAUAGCCUUGCACAUGUUUUGUACGGCAAAAAGGAGGGCCAGCUAAAUCUAGACUGGCCUACAAGGCAGAGGAUUUGUGUUGAUAUAGCAAAAGGUCUAGCUUUCCUGCAUGAGGAGUCCACACUCAAAAUUGUUCAUAGAGACGUAAAAACUACCAAUGUUCUCCUUGACGGGAACAUGAAUGCCAAAAUAUCUGAUUUUGGCAUGGCAAAGCUUGACGAGGAGGACAACACCCAUAUCUCCACCAGAGUUGCUGGAACAAUGGGAUACAUGGCACCAGAAUAUGCUUUAUAUGGUCGCUUGACCUCCAAGGCAGAUGUUUACAGUUUCGGUAUUGUCGCACUGGAAAUUGUUGCUGGGAUGAGCAACAUGAGUUUCCAACAUAAUGAAAGUUUCGUAUGCCUCCUAGAUUGGGCGUUGAGUUUACAACAAAAUGGAGACAUAAUGGAGCUUGUUGAUCCAAGAUUAGGUUCUGACUUCAAGAAGAAAGAAGCAGCUAGGAUGAUUAAAGUAACACUGCUAUGCACAAACCAAUCUCCCGCACUAAGACCUACAAUGUCUGCCGUAGUAAGAAUGCUUGAAGGAAAGGGUGAUGUUCAGGAAUUAGUCGUGGAUCCAAGUACAUUCGGCGAUUCAUUGAGGUUUAAGAGUUUCCAAGGCAACUCUGAUCAAUCUUCAGUCCUGAGUAUCGACGAAACUCAGUCCCUCGUGCGUUCAUCAGAUAGAACAUGGGAUGGUCCUUCAUCUUCAUCUGCCCAGGAUAUGUAUCGUGAUCAUUAAUAAUGAUCCUAACAUGUACGGAUGUCCAUUAAUAGUCCUCAGAGUCACAAUCUUACAACUGAAAUGAGUCUCACUUUGUAUAGAAUUAAAUAAAUAUCUUCAAAUAAUAA